AUGAAGCCUGCCAUGCACUCAUCACUGCUUCUCCUCCUAUUACCAGCUUUUGCGACUGCGUUGGGCGACCCAAUCGGUGACGCGCGCGAUCUUGACACAUCUGCCAUUAUUGCGUCUGAUGAGGCCGCUGGACAUGUCGAUCCCAGUGACCGACGAGAAACGCCAACCAAAGAUGCACCCGUGGAUGGCAGAGAUGGGAAGCCCCAUUUAGGGCCAUUCGUCGGCUCGGACAGCACUGGCAAUGGCGACCAGGGUCUUCCCCCGUUGAAGGGUCGCCCGGAUGACUACACUGUCGUCGACGGCAAGAAGAUACCCAAAACGAACGACGGCGUCAUGUUCGACAAGAACCGCGAUCGACCUCAAGAGGGCACCACGGGCACAGAAGGCGGCGUCACAGAGAAAGAAAAGACGCGCAAGGAACGAGAAAACCAGCUCGGCGCACGAUUGCAAGCGCAACCCGAAUCUCCCAAGGAACAGCCGCCAUUGCCACAUAGCGAGCAAGAGAAGAUGACGGGCAGCGCAACGCAGGGAACAGAUCCUGUGGGCGACGAGAAAUCGUACACGGGAUUCGAGAAACCUGACGACCUGCCCGAGACAGGUGCAAACCCCCCCCCUGUGCCUGAAUCGGCAACGAAAUCCCACCUUGACCUUGCGGGCGACUCGGACACGCACACGACCGACCCUGAAGAGGACGACGAGGGCUUGAUCCAGCCAUUCCACUCCUUCGUGCUGUCACUGACCAUGAUUCUGGUGUCCGAGGUUGGCGACAAGACAUUCCUCGUCGCCGCCCUCAUGGCCAUGAAACACGACCGGAUGGUGGUUUUCUCGGCUGCUUUCGGCGCUCUGCUGGUGAUGACCGUGUUGUCGGCUGUUCUUGGCCACACCCUACCUGCUCUGCUCCCACGACGUCUGACCAGCUUUGCUGCUGCGGUGCUCUUCUUUGUGUUUGGCGGCAAGCUGCUUCGCGAAGGAAUGGAGAUGGACCCAAACGAGGGUGUCAGCGCCGAGAUGAGUGAAGUUGAACAAGAGUUGGCCGAAAAGGAGAGGGAGAUGGGGCGCAACGGCCCAGAGGACCCCCACACGCUCGAGAUGGGGCUCAAUGGACGCAGGUCACGAUCAAAGACCAGAAUGUCGUCGCCUCCAAGGUCUCCAUCACAGUCCCCUCCGAGAACGUCUGCCGGAGCCAGCGCUCUCACGGGAGCAUUGCAGGGCAUGGGAAAUCUGUGCUCCCUGCUGCUCAGCCCCGCGUGGGUACAGACGUUUGUGAUGACCUUUCUGGGCGAGUGGGGUGACCGGAGCCAGAUUGCUACCAUUGCCAUGGCUGCCGGACCAGAUUACUGGUGGGUGACACUGGGGGCCAUGGUUGGCCAUUGCUUCUGCACAGGUGCGGCCGUCAUUGGAGGCAGGGCGAUCGCAGGGCGAGUUAGCCUUAAAGUUGUGACCGUUGGCGGCGCAGUGGCAUUUCUCGUUUUUGGAUUCAUCUACCUCAUCGAGGGGUUUUACGCCUGA